GGCCGGGCGCCAUGGCGCCGAUGCGGGCCGGGUUCGGCGCGCCGCGGGGAGCAGCCGAUGAGAUGUCAUGUGUUAAUUCUGUGAGUCUACCUGAAAUUUACUAAGCCAUGGGGGAAAACAGUCCUGAGAAUGUCAUCUAUUAUGAAGUAGAGGAAGAUGACUUGGCCCAGGAUAAUAAACUGUUGAGGUUUAUUGACAAGAAUGGCCUUGUUCCAUCCUCACCCCGGACAGUGUAUGACAGGACAACAGUUCUUAUUGAACAAGACCAAGGGCCGCUGGAGGAUGAGGAUGAAGAAGGGCAGUGUGGGGAUCACCUGCCUUUUCUCCCUGAUAAUCAUGAGGACAGGUUUCAUUUGAUAGCUGACCAUGAAGGAAUGUCCCAGGGUUAUGUGCAGCACAUCAUUUCUCCAGAUCAGAUUCAUUUGACUAUCAAUCCUGGCUCAACUCCGAUGCCUCGGAACAUUGAAGGAGCCACUCUCACUCUGCAGUCGGAGUGCCCAGAGACGAAGCUCAAGGAAGUCAAGCGCUACCAGUGCACAUUUGAGGGCUGCCCUCGUACCUACAGCACUGCAGGCAACCUGCGCACCCAUCAGAAGACACAUCGGGGGGAAUACACCUUUGUGUGCAACCAGGAGGGGUGUGGGAAAGCCUUCCUAACAUCCUAUAGCCUCAAAAUCCAUGUUCGAGUCCACACCAAGGAGAAACCUUUUGAGUGUGAUGUUCAGGGCUGUGAAAAGGCCUUUAAUACACUGUACAGGUUGAAAGCCCACCAGAGGCUUCACACAGGGAAGACGUUUAACUGUGAAUCAGAGGGUUGCAGCAAGUACUUCACUACACUCAGUGAUCUGCGGAAACACAUUCGGACCCACACAGGAGAGAAGCCAUUCAGGUGUGAUCAUGAUGGCUGUGGGAAAGCUUUUGCUGCAAGCCAUCACCUGAAGACACAUGUCCGGACGCAUACUGGUGAGAGACCCUUCUUCUGUCCCAGUAAUGGUUGUGAGAAGGCCUUCAGCACACAAUAUAGCCUCAAGAGCCACAUGAAGGGACAUGAGAAGGUGCCCUCCUUUACUUUGCUCUCUAACAGCAGCCUCUCUGAGGACACAAAUCACUCGCUCUGCCUGAGUGACUUGAGCCUCAUGUCCACCGAUUCAGAACUGCGGGAUAACUCGAAUCCAAUGCACGGACAAGACCUGAGCACGAUCUCACCAGCCAGCAUCUUUGAGUCGAUGUUCCAGAGCCCAGAAGCCACAAAUCAGGAGGACCCACAGCACACAGAUGCCUUGAUGGACGACUUUGAUGGCGAUGUGGACCCAACUCCUGCCGUCCAGCCCCCCGCAGCAGAAGCAGCCGCUCUGCCCUUGCCGCUCGUUCUGCAGCUCGGCAUCUCUGAGCCACCUCCCCCAGCACCACCCGCUGCGUCUGCCGGGACUCAGCCGGCAGCAUACGGGGCCUCUGCCGCUGUCCUGCAGCCCCCAGAAGCGUCUGCUUCCAGCAGCACGCUCUUUGCAGCCAGUCGCCAGGGCUUUCUGCAGCCCGUGCAGGCCACCCCACAGCCUGCUGGAGCUGGGCGCUCUGUGGCAGCGGGCACCAGCCCUGGGCAGGCAGCGGGGGGCGCUGCUGAGGUCCUGCCCAGCGGGGCUCAGCCUGGGCCCGCCCGAGGGAGCUCAGUGCUUGCUGGCAGCCCGGCCAUCACCAUCGCCCCGUCGCAGGGCACAGCCAUUCUCCAGUCUGGCAUUGUGAUGGGAGAGCAGAACCUGCAGUGGCUCCUGAACGGGGCCGCCAGGACAGCCCAGAGCCCGGAGCAGAGGCCACCAGCUCCAGUGGUGGAGAAAGUCUUCUUUACAACUGCCCUGCCUGUUGCUGGUAAUGCAGGGAGCGCCGUGCAGCAGAUUGGCCUGAGUGUGCCUGUGAUCAUCAUCAAGCAGGAAGAGGCUUGCCAGUGCCAGUGUGCCUGCCGGGACUUGAGCAAGGACAAAGCAGGCGGCGGCGGUGGCGGCAGCAACUGUUCCUCACGUGGCCCCAAGACUCUGCCAGGAGCGUCUGGGCCUCAGCCACAAGCCUUCCCUGUUGUCGUGGCCACCAGCACCUCCUCUGCUGCUGCCCUUUCAUCAGCAUUGCCUGCUCCUCGCAAGCAGAGCACUCUGGCGGGGAACCCGUCAGACUUGCAGAACCAGUCCCUAAGUGCCAUGGAUGUCUCAGACUUUCUCUCCCUUCAGCGCCCUGGGAUCACCUCCCCUCUGACCCCCAUUGAAGCCCUCCUGCAAGGGGAGGAAGAGCUUGCCCUGGGCAGCAGCUUCCCCAAGUGAGGCCCUCCUCGCUGGCCCAAGGGGCUGGACAAGCAAGAGCCUGAUGCUCCCUGGAAGCUGGGUCCUCUUCCUAGCAGGUGAGGCCGGCCCGUCGGGAGAAGGACAAGCGCCGUCCGGACGGCUGGGCUGCACUCCCGGGUCACUUCUGCCCUUUACGGCUUGAGCACAGGGAUCGGAGUCACCUAGAGCAGCUUCUGAGGGCCGGCUGCUCACCUGUUCGCUGCACCUUGCUUGGUGGUAGUGGAGGUGGGCAGCCGUGCUAGAGGUGUGUUCCCGCUCCCGCGGAUGUCUUCACUUCUAAGUGUGCACUAUUUGUAUUCUUGCGAUGGAGGGAGGGGAGCUGCUUAAGUGCUAAGAACAAAGCGGCCAGGUGCCUUUCCUUGUAAAGGCAGCUGCACUUUGCAAUGAGGGGAGGGAGUCCCCUCCAGGGCCAGAGAGAGGUGGACAGCAGGCCCCGCCAGGGUUCGUCUUCCUGCUUGUGCUUCCUGGGCUGGGAAGGAAAGUUAGGCGCACCCUUUCUUCAGAGUUUGCACAUGCAGAGGUGGAGUUGCUCCAUCACCGCUGCUUUUGUAGUGUCCUGCUUGGCAGAAGACUCCCUCUGUCUCGGCAGAGCAGUGCUGUGGGUGCUUACACGAGUUCAAGGGCUCAGAAUUUGCACUGUUUGGGCCUUCCCAGAACCACAUGCCCAGCGCAGCCGCUGGUGGCACGAAAAGGCACCCAUGCAAUCUCCAUGCUGGUCAGGUGGAGCUUCUCCUGCCACAUAAGCAAUCCUGCCCGCUCUGGCAAAGUGCACACCUCACACUUGCUAAGUCCUGUGGUUGCUUCCUCCUGGCCAUACCUGCAGGACCACUUCUCUCCUUUGCAAAGAGCUUGCGCUUGGCCCACCAGGCCUCCCACGUGUUCCAAAGCCUUCCUCUUUUUUCUGCCCUCAGUGUGCUGCAGUGGAAAAUGCAUCCUUUUGUAUCUUCUAACUUACUCAGGGUGAAAUCCUAACACAGACUCUCCUCCAUCCUGUAAGGAUUUGAUAAAUCUCCUUUGUAAUGUUUUAGUGAUCUACUAUUGUUACUUUUAAGGAAGAGAUGCCGCACAUCUGCUGUCCAGAGUUGUUGGACUCCAGCUUCUGAAAAUCACAACCAAAAUUGCCAGUGGCUUGGGAUUGUGGGAGUUGCAACCCCACCCCCACCCACCCCUCCAAAGGACACCAGGUUGGGAAGGCUUUGCUGCAUGGUGGCCUUCCACCCGGCUGGGAUUCGCCCCGUCCCUCGUUCUAAGGCAGCUACUGGAGAGUCUUUGUUCAUGGUUGGGCUUGGUGCUUGUCUAUAGGCAGUGGCUUUGAGGAAGCUUCUUGCAUGCACAGGUGAGCUGGGUGGCAGAGGUGGUGCGCCCAGGUGUCAGCAAGGGCAGGAGCAGGAGAGGGCAGAGCUUGGGCUGGGAACUCCAGGCUGGUCUGCCUGACACACUCGGAACACAAGGCCAAGAAGGGGUGUGUCCCCGGCACUGCUGUAAGUGGAUGCCCGUGCUCCCUGGGUGCGCCUCUCUCUGUAGCCACUCUGUUACCUUGGCAGAGAGUAGGAGGCUCUGCCUGGAAAGGAACGGAAGCGGAGCCACUGAAAGUAGCCUGCUCUGUGGCGCAGCAGCUGCUGCGCGUGAACGAGCUCUCACCUGGUUCUCUCCCGGAGGGCUGCGUGCCUUGGCAGAGAGCAGGACAGGCCACGAGGAAGGUGUUUCAAGGCCCAUUUGGCAGUUUUCAUUUCUGCUCCUGAUGCUAUUCACUGAGUUGGACACAACCAGGGCAUCGUGAGGCUUCUUCUCGUGUGCAGAAGGCAUUGGCAUAGCCGGAGGUGGUCCUUGGUUGGGCAUGGAGAUGCUCCACGCAGGAUAGCUGGGAAAGGGUGCCGGUCGCCAAGGCAAUUGUUCCAGAAGUGCAGGAGCCCAGCAGAACAGGGCCUCUGGGCGCCCCCACCCUGCUCUGCUUGGGCUCGGGUUGGGGGAUGGGGCUGUGGUCGGCAGCCACAACGUGGAGAGCAACUGGCGACUUCCUUAUGGCCCAGAAGGAGACACACUGAGGUGGAUGUUUGCGACAUUUUCCGGGAGUUGCUGCUGCUGGAGUCAGGAAGGGAAGUAUUUUGCGAGGGCUGCUCCAUUGACACUAACAUGCUGGGCUUUAAAUGCACUUUAGUUCUCUUUAAGCCAACUGCUGCAAUUUCAUUUGUAAAUAACGUUUCACAAAGUUUGUUAGGGCGUUAUUGCUGCCCACCUCCUUUUUGCUCUGAGUAAAAGUUAAAGUGGGUGUGCAAAAAGAAGAGCACUUAACCUCAGUGCAAUAUGUGUAGCUACAAAUGGUGUCCACAUGUGCUGUGUGUGUGUGUGUGUGUGUGUGUGUGUGUGUGUGUGUG